UCUCCCGGUCCGAGACGCGGAAGCCUGGGCGAGAUGGGCGCGCCGGGCCGGAUCCUGCUGUGGCUGCAGCUCUGCGCGCUGACGCGGGCCGCCUACAAAUUCUGGGUCCCCAACACCGACUUCGACGCCGCCGCCAACUGGAGCCAGAACCGGACCCCGUGCGCGGGCGCCGCCGUCGAGUUCCCCGCGGACAAGACGGUGUCAGUCCUGGUGCGAGAAGGUCACAGCGUCUCGGACAUGCUCUUGCCGCUGGACGGGGAAUUCGUCCUGGCCUCAGGAGCUGGAUUCAGCGCCCUGGACACCGGCUUGCACCUGGACUGUAGCACAGCGGCCCCCGCGCUCUUCCGCGACCCCGACCGCUUCUGCUGGCACGACCCGCGCCUGUGGCGCUCCGGAGACGCGGCGCACGGUCUCUUCUCCGUGGACGCCGAGCGCGUGCCCUGCAGCCACGACGACGUCGUCUUCCCGUCCGACGCCUCCUUCCGGGUGGGUCUCGGCCCGGGCGCCGGCACCGUGCGCGUCCGCAGCGUCCGGGCUCUGGGCCAGACGUUCACGCGCGACGAGGACCUGGCUGCUUUCCUGGCGUCCCGCGCGGGCCGCCUGCGCUUCCACGGGCCGGGCGCGCUGAGCGUGGGCCCCGAGGCCUGCGCGGACCAGUCGGGCUGCGUGUGCGGCCACGCCGAGGCGCAGCCGUGGAUCUGCGCAGCACUGCUCCAGCCCCUGGGUGGCCGCUGCCCCCAGGCUGCCUGCCGAGACCCCCUCCGGCCCGAAGGGCAGUGCUGCGACCUCUGCGGAGCCAUCGUAUCGCUGACCCAUGGCCCGGCCUUUGACCUGCAGCGGUACCGGGCGCGGCUGCUGCACGCCUUCCUGGCCCUGCCCCAGUAUCAGGGGCUGCAAAUGGCCGUGUCCAAGGUUCCGCGCCAGCCCCGGCUCCGCGAAGCCUCAGGCGCGAAGGCGGACACGGAGAUCCAGGUGGUGCUGGUGGAGACCGGGCCCGAGACCGGCGGCGCGGGGCGCCUAGCCCGGGCCCUCCUGGCGGACAUCGCGGAGCACGGCGAAGCCCUCGGGGUCCUAUCGGCGACCGCUCGAGAGUCGGGCGCGCCCGUUGGGGGCGGCUCGGCGGCGGGGCUGAACGCGCCGGGGCCGCGCGCGGGGCUGGCGGGCGGCCUGGCGGCCGCGCUGCUCCUCUUACUGCUGGCGCUGCUGGCGGGGGCGCUGCUGCUGCGCCGCGCGGGGAGGCUCAGGUGGAGGAGGCGCGACGAGGCGGACCCCGCGCCGGCUGGGGCGCCCCUGGGCUUCCACAACCCUGUGUUCUACGCGGCGGACCCGGCGGAGGCGCUCCCCGCCCCGCAGCCGGACGUCGGGAGCUCCAGCCGCAGCUACUUCGUUAAUCCGCUCUUUGGCGAAGCCGAGGCCGAGGCCUGAGCGGCCGCGGAACCGGCCCGGCCCCCCCACCCCCCCCCACCGCCGGCGUCGUAGGCCCUGCGGGAUACCCCACCCUCCGCUGGCCAAGGACAGGGCGGCCUUGCUCAAUAAAGGACUUUCCUGCACCU